AACCGAACCGGAUUUCCACCAACGUCGUCUUCUUCACUCGUCGUCGUCAAUCUUCUCUCCUCAGUCCUCCCUCCACUCGACAUCUCCGAUGAGUUUAUUGAUUUCGUAGUUUUUGAACCUUAUUUCUCCCUCCGGUGGUGCCGUCAAUCCAAUAAGAGGAGAGAUACAAUGCGUUUCACAACUUCGAUAAUCAAUGAGCAUCGCCGGUUCUCAUCAUCGUCAAGAUCAUGGGUAUCUCCCAUUUGCUUCUCGGAGAAGAAGAAGAAGAAGCUAGACCCACCACCUGAAUCCUCAAUCUCAACUAUGGAAACAAACCCCAAAACCAAGUUUAUCUCUCACGAAUCUACUGUCAGUUUGAUGAAACGAGAGAGAGAUCCUCAACGUGCGCUUGAUAUCUUCAACAAAGCUUCUCAGCAGAAAGGUUUUAACCAUAACAAUGCUACAUACUCUGUUCUUUUGGAUAACCUCGUUAGGCACAAGAAGUUUCUAGCUGUUGAUGCUAUUCUUCAUCAGAUGAAGUACGAGACUUGCAGGUUCCAGGAAAGUUUGUUUCUUAACCUGAUGAGACACUUCUCCAGGUUUGAUUUGCAUGAUAAAGUUAUGGAGAUGUUUAACUUGAUUCAAGUGAUUGCUCGUGUGAAGCCUUCUCUCAAUGCCAUUAGUACUUGUUUGAAUCUCCUUAUUGAUUCAGGGGAGGUUGAUUUGGCCCGGAAACUACUCUUGUAUGCCAAACACAAUCUUGCAUUGCAGCCAAAUACUUGCAUUUUCAAUAUUCUAGUGAAGCACCACUGCAAGAAUGGGGAUAUUGAUUCUGCGUUUCGAGUUGUGGAGGAGAUGAAAAGAUCUGGGAUUUCGUAUCCCAAUUCGAUCACUUACUCAACCCUUAUGGACUGUCUGUUUGCACAAUCGAGGUCCAAAGAAGCGGUGGAAUUGUUCGAGGAUAUGAUCUCGAAAAGAGGGAUUUCACCGGACCCUGUGAUUUUCAACGUUAUGAUCAAUGGAUUCUGUCGUUCAGGAGAAGUUGAGAGAGCCAAGAUGAUUUUAGACUUCAUGAAGAAGAAUGGAUGCAACCCAAACGUAUACAAUUACUCGGCUCUAAUGAAUGGGUUCUGUAAAGAGGGAAAGAUUCAGGAAGCUAAACAAGUCUUUGACGAGGUGAAGAAAACCGGGUUGAAACUCGACACAGUUGGUUAUACCACAUUGAUGAACUGCUUGUGUAGAAAUGGUGAAAUUGAUGAGGCUAUGAAGUUACUUGGAGAGAUGAAAGCAUCCAGAUGCAGAGCUGAUGCAUUAACAUAUAAUGUAAUACUCAGGGGCUUGUCCAGCGAAGGAAGAUCAGAGGAAGCUCUUCAGAUGCUGGAUCAAUGGGGAUGUGAAGGAGUUCAUCUUAACAAAGGUAGUUAUAGGAUCAUACUGAACGCGUUGUGUUGUAAUGGCGAGCUCGAGAAAGCGGUAAAGUUUCUGAGUGUGAUGUCGAAGAGAGGGAUUUGGCCUCACCAUGCGACUUGGAAUGAAUUGGUGGUUCGGCUUUGUGAAUCCGGGAAUACAGAAAUUGGGGUUCGAGUUCUGAUUGGAUUUCUUGGAAUAGGUCUCAUACCAGCGCCCAAAUCUUGGGGAGCUGUGGUUGAAUCAAUUUGCAAAGAGAGGAAGUUGGUGCAUGUCUUUGAACUGCUUGAUUCUUUAGCUUCUUGAUAAAACCCUUUAUUGAUAC